AUGCCUCCCAAGGGGAAGUCCAAGGCUCUACUAGAGGCCUCAUCGCCGGAGCUCCCGUCUAUGUCUUCAGGAGCUGCUACCUCGUCGCCUGUUCCUGCUCCUGCCUCAUCGGAUCUUGCAAGCAAUGGCAAUGGCAAGGUGAAAGAAACCGGCAACGUGACCUAUGCUGAAGCUACGGCGAGCGGCUCCGGCCUCUCCUUGGAAGAAAAGCUGCGCUCCUUACGCACGGCUGCUCCUGGCAGCGGGUUCCUUGAGGACGACUCUGACGAGGAGCUCGAAGUUGACAUCAAGACGGAAGCUUUCAACCACGUUCGCUACACGACGAUUCUUCUGCUCCCCGUGGCCCUCUCCUUGGAAGUGGCUUCGGCUUCGCAUGUUAUGCCGGUGGAUUACAUUUCUGACCAUAGCUUCGCGAUUCGCAUAGCUCUCCGAAUAGACGCCAAACUUAGUCUUGGUCCCGGUCUCUGGAGGCUUCAUGCCUCAUUAGUGCACAAGCGGGGGGUUCGGAAGGUUGUUGAAGCAACGGUGGCGAGGUGUGCUGUCACAGACGGGAGCAGCUUUGAACUUCUGCUUUCGAGGCUGGCUGCCGGGCUCCGUGCUUUCGCGAAGGAGGAGGGUAAACGGGUCAAGGCGACAGCGACUCACCUGGUGGACGUUGUCGCCAGUCCUCGGCAGGCGAUGAUGCGGGAUCCGACCUGCAAGCAAACAAGCAAACGGUUAGCUGUGAAGGAAGCACAGCUGCGGGAAUAUCAUGCUUCACGGAAAGACAAACUGCACCCGAUGUCGGGAAUGCGGUUGGAGCUCAGGGGUGAAGUAGCGUCGCAGCAUCUGACGACGAUGGUGCAGGCGAGGAAGGCGUGUACCCAGAUUGCUGAGCUGCAGACGGCAGACGGAGUGGUAUCAGACUCACAAGGGAUCCUUCGGGCGGCGUCGGAUUUCUUCGCCGAUAUCUUCGGGAGAGACCUCUGUCAGCUUGAAGAGAGGUGGCGUCCUGACAAGGACAAGACUUUACGGGCAUGGGAAGUAGCAGAGCUAUCGGCAGACUGGACAGAAGAGGAGGUGAAGCACGCAUUUAGCGCGAUGGCGGCGAAUAAAUCCCCGGGCAAAGACGGGCUGCCUAAGGAAUUGUUUGAAGCUCACUGGGACCUGCUGGGAAAAGGGUUCAUGGCCCUCGCCAAGGAUUUUGCAAGAACCGCGGUGCUUUCGAGGGAGGUGAAGGAAGCGGUGACGAUCCUGCUGCAUAAAAAAGGCGACAAGGAUCAGCUUAAUAACUAUUGCCCGAUCACGCUACUCAACUUCACGUACAAAGUGUUGGCGCGGGUCAUGGCCGACAGAAUGAAGAAGUAUCUGGGGAGGGUGAUAUCGCCUGAGCAAUAUGGUUUCCUUCCGGGAAGGCGGCUAACGGAUGCAGUGGGACUUGUCGCCGACAUCAUUGACUCCGCGCGGAACGACAACGAGAAAUGGUUCCUCCUGCUAGUCGACUUUAAGAAAGCCUUCGACUUCGUCUCGCGUGGCUAUCUUUUCCGGACGAUGCGCGCAAUGGGCUUCCCGGAUCGGUUUGUGAGGUGGGCGGAGGGCCUGCACGAAGGAACGCAAACGAGGCUGUUAGUAAACGGAUGGAUGGGGGAAGGUGUGGAAGUGAUUUCCGGGGUGCGCCAAGGCUGUCCUCUCGCGCCUUACCUUUUCCUCUGUGCGGUUGAGCCGUUGGCACAGACGGUCCUCAGGAAGAAGAUGGGUAUCAGCAAAGAAGCAAGUGAGAGAUUGGCAUACAUCGGGUACGCGGAUGACACCACAUUGGUAUUGGAAGGAAAGCACCAGCUUAUCAAGGCUGAGAAGGUGCUAGCGAAAUUCGAACUGACCUCCGGGUUGGCGACAAACCGAGAUAAGUCGGUUGUCCUACCGCUGGGGAACAAUCUUGGCAGAACGACGGGGAGAUCACAUAGCUUCAGGCGGGCGAAGAAGGAUGAAGCGGAGAAGCUGUUGGGCGUGUGGAUCACGCCUUCCGGGAGCUGCCUGCCAACAUGGGAGAAAACCUCGGAGGACAUAUCGAGGAAGGUUAAAAAAUGGGAGCAAACAUACCUGCCAACAACGGCGCGUACUGCGGUUGUCAACAGUUACACGAUGCCGAAGGCGGCUUUUCAAGCGCAGGUCUACCCGCCGCCGGCAAAACAGUGGGGGGUCAUCUCCAAGACCUUCGAAAACUUCGUCUCCGGCAAUAAGGCAACGGCGGAUAGGGUUUUCCGUCUCUGGAGUAAGGUACUGCUAUACACCCCAAGAAAGUUGGGAGGAGUGGGCGUGCAGGACCCGGAGAUGAUCUUGGCGUGCCUCACGGCAAGGAGGGUAGGGCUGUUAGCACUGGAGACUAAUCAGCUGAAAAAACACCUUAUGGUGCGAGCCGCGGAUCUACCCAUGGGCAUCGAGACCUUCUUCGCCCAUGAGAAGCUGCUGAAGCAUUGGGAGGGGAAGAGUGCUCGCUGGAAGGUCGCGCGUGAGAACUUCAUGAAAACGCCGCUUGGUACUCUCCCGGAGGUGGCUACAAGAGAAGCGGUGGCAUGGGAGCGGAUUGUUUUCAACAAGCGUUUAUUGCUCAACGGAACUACGCCGGUGGGAGGCCACCAAGAUGCAAAGCUGUUGUGGGAAAGGCGCCUUGGUGAUCUAGUUGAACUUGGAGGUAGCGGGGUUCCGGAGCUAAAGGACUCAGUCACACAGGAAAAAGAGCUCGGCGGGAAGGGAGCAGCCAAGCUUGCACGGAGGGCGUUUGAAGCUGCGCCUCAGAAGUGGAAAGAGCUGCUGCUCAGCGCUUCCCCUCAGCCCUCCAACUCAACGGGGGACAGGAGGGCUCUCCACCCCGCAGGGCGCAAGCUUUCCGACUUCCCCAUUUUUGAGAACGGAGGGAUUGCGCCCCUGAGGCGGUUGAAGCUGCUUUGGAAGGAGGGGCAGAAGCCAUCUGCUAAGCAACAGCUGUGGAAUGGCAGGUGGAGCGGAAGUAUCAAUUGGAAAAAGACUAUCGCCAUUCGUGAUUCUCUGGUCACGCCGAGUAAGCCGAGGGAUGUUAUGCUGCGAAUCCAUAAUCUGAACCUGCAAGUGGGAGAACGGGUGGCUUUUUUUAGCAGCAAGCCGGUCUGCCCGUACUGUGGGGGGGAGGAAACUCUUGAGCACUGUUUAUACAGCUGUCCCAAGAUUCAAGUGGUGACGUCUGCUCUGGUAAAAUCUCUCCGCAUGCUAAACAGUUCGCGUGCUGUGUCAUCAUUGGGAGACCUGUUGUUCCGGGAGGCGGGUACCAUCACGGCUUUUCCGGAAGCCACGCUUACUUCUAUUACGCUCUACCAACUGUGGGCAGAGCGGUGUGACGCUGUAUUUCGGGGGAAGAAAUUCCGGACGAGGCGGGUGCUCCGCCGUGUCGAGGCUGCUUUCCGCUUGCAUGCACACAUCUACACGAGGUCGAGGGACGCGGAGUGGAAGAAGCGCAGGGGCACGCAACAUGAGGGGAAGUUUCGCCGGGUGUUGGAGAGCGAGAACAAGCUACUGUUUCGGAUCAGGGACAAGAAUAGCAAGUCGUGGACGUGGACGAAAGCCUUCUCAAAUGUCUGGCUCGCACCGAGGAUGACUCGCCAACCUCCUUAG